UCUUCAUCUUGUUCAGUCACCUCAGACAUGUAACAUAAAUAUAUAUAUACUUUGAUACAAUCGCAAAAAAUCGAUAGAAAAAUGUUCAGUGAAAAUGCAAAAGCAUUUUGCAUUGAAAAUCUUCUGGGCCUAGAUUUGCGAAACUGUAAGCAAAAUGGCAAUUCCUGUGACGGGGUUGGAGAAAUUUGUCCCGUCCCAGGCCAGGGGACUCAGUGUGUUCAUAAUUCUUCACAGAUCGUUCAUGAUGAUACCCAUUCUAAAAACAUUUCGAUAGAGCUUUGUCAGAGUGACUUGUGGCAUUCAUUCCACGCUCUUGGAACAGAGAUGAUAAUUACCAAGUCGGGGAGGCGAAUGUUUCCUGCAGUCCGGUGCAAAGUUCAUGGUUUAGAUCCCAAAUCCAAGUACAGAGUUUACAUAGACUUUGUUCAGCUAGACAGACACAAGUACCGAUACGUGUAUCACAGUUCCAAAUGGAUGGUAUCUGGUACAGGUGAUAACAUGUUUAAACCACAGAAAUACUCACACCCAGAUUGUCCCAUGGACGGCAAUCUUCUCAACUCACAGAUCAUAUCUUUUGAAAGGUUAAAACUUACUAACAACGAGAGAUCAAGGAAUGGUCAGGUUUCGUUAUUGUCAAUGCAGAGAUUUCUUCCUAGAGUACAUGUUGAGCGACUAUCUAUGGAAAACAUUCCCGAGGAACAUUUUGUCACAUCCUUUCCACAGACAUCUUUUAUGGCUGUUACAGCCUAUCAAAAUCAAGAGAUAACUCGUUUGAAGAUAGCCAGAAACCCGUUUGCCAAAGGUUUUAGAGAGUCCGGUAAAAACAGGAGCUCACUGGAAGCAAUGAUUGAGUGCUAUGGAUUACAGUUUGCGGAGAAUGAAAUAAACCGUAGUUGUCCCAAAAAUGAAAGCAAACUAGUAGAACAAGGAUAUCCAAGUCCAAUAUUUACUGUUUCGUCAUUAAGUGAUGAACUACCAACAGACGUUUUACUAAAAAAUAGACUGACUACAGACAAUGUUGGUAGAACUUUUUCGCCAGACUUUGGUAUCAAACCUACUUUCAACACAUUUUUCAGUCAGGAGGUUCCAAGAGUUACAUACGAUUUCUGUGGUAAAAGUGCAAGUGCUUUAAAAAAGGAAAAUAGUCAUUCCAUUGCAGAUACAGACAGUUUCCUUCACCAUAAUGUACGUUAUUCCCCGUACUCUGACACUUCAUAUUACAGUCAUUCAGUCAAACCGAGACUUAAAGUUUUCCAUUACGAUGUUUGUUGAUACAGUUGGGUAGAUGCAUUGUUGCGCGUUGUUUACAUCAUCGCACUGAAUGUUUUCAUGUUAAGACGAUAGCAUAAUAUUGAUGUUACUGUUUAAAUUUUGAGGUCACUCUUUUUUCUAUUAUGUUAAAACAUUUUGAGAACCGGUGUAUUGGGUUUUUAUAAAGUCAGUUAUAUUUGGUAUCCAUUUUUAUAAGCGUUUGCGCAUCUGAAUUCCUUAGAGAUUAUUUAGACCCCUCAGACAUUGUUUAUUUACUUUGAAACUUUGACGGGUAUAUUUUGUCCGGCAGAAGAACAGGGAUGACAAUAACUUGAUAACCCAGUCAACCUUUAGGAUUUAUUUUUAUAGAAUGUUUAGAUGCAAGCUAUGAACCUACAAUGUUCUCCGAAUUUUUCCACGUAACUUGCAAGUGAAUAGUUCGACCUCAUUGAAUUCGUAUUCAUGUGAACUUUAAUUUAACCUCUUAGCUUGGGAUGGAUAACACGUGAAUUGUAUGUGUACAGUUUUUCAAAGGAAGAGAAUGUCAACAUUGAAAGUGAAACAACGGUAAAUCAUUUGAUUGACUGAUUCGAUCCACAAAUAAACAUUUUAAUACUUAUAAAAACGAUGAUAAUCAUUAAUUUUGUAUCUGUAAUAUGAUAUUAAAUAGACUUAUAAUAAUUCAA